GUCCAAAACUGAAAUCCGAAAAUUCAGUCUCAAGAGUAUUUUUUGGUCGAAAUGACUCUCCUGAAGUAUUGGGUAAUUAGAAAAAACAUAUAUAUUAUAUUAGAGAAAUAAAAUAUUAACUUCAAAUAUUAUUAGCCUUAAAGAAUUUGAGAAAAUUUAUCUGAUUAUAAAUCAAACAACGCAUGAAUCGUGUGGUGGUGGAAUAUCUGUUUGUAAAGCUUGGAGGCAAGAAUCGUGUGGUGGAGGAACAUCCGCCUGUGAAACUUUGAUAUAGGGAGCGUGUUCUCCACAAGUUCAAUAUAUCUCUCUAACUUUCACCAACUUUUCUACCAACUGACUGCAGAGAGAAGACACUAUAGAUGGCGAGCAUUAUUGGAGUUGGGAUUCCGUUCGGCUUAUCAUCACCACCGCAUGCACUCAAGACAUCCACCAGAGUCGGCGGAGUUGCGACACAAUUCAGCCACUCCACACGGCGGAUGGUGGCGGUAAAAGCAGAGGUUGGUGGUAUAAACCCUGAAAUCAGGAAAAGCGAAGACAAAGUCGUCGAUUCCGUCGUCGUUACAGAACUCGCAAAACCCGUCACUCCUUAUUGCAGGUGUUGGAGAUCUGGGACUUUCCCGCUUUGCGAUGGUAGCCAUGUAAAGCACAACAAAGCUACCGGAGAUAAUGUUGGCCCUCUGUUGCUGAAAAAAUAG